GGGUUCGAGGUUGGGGUUUGGGUUGCACGUCCCCUGACGAGCAGCGUGUCCCUGCAGAGUACGAGAAGGCGCAGUCCUCGCAGGACGCCGUCUCCUCCAUGAACCUCUUUGACCUGGGGGGGCAGUACCUGCGGGUGGGCAAGGCUGUGACCCCCCCCAUGCCCCUGCUGACCCCUGCCACACCUGGCGGGCUCCCACCUGCUGCUGCCGUGGCUGCUGCGGCCGCCACCGCCAAGAUCACGGCGCAGGAGGCCGUGGCAGGAGCUGCAGUUCUGGGCACGCUGGCCACCCCCGGGCUGGUGUCCCCUGCCCUGACCCUGGCCCAGCCCCUGGGGGCGCUGCCCCAGGCUGUGAUGGCUGCACAGGCACCGGGGGUCAUCACAGGUGUGACCCCGGCGCGGCCGCCCCUCCCGGUGCCCAUCCCUCAGGUGGGCGUGGUUAACCCCAUCCUGGCCAGCCCCCCUGCGCUGGGGCUGGUGGAGGCCAAGAAGGACAAGGAGGAGGAGGAGGCGCUGCCCGAGGCCGAGCGGCCGGAAAUGCUGAGCGAGCAGGAGCACAUGAGCAUCUCGGGCAGCAGC